AUGUCAUCGCCACAGCCCGGCUACACCUCACAUUUCGGCAUCGGUAACAUACCCUUUGGCGUUGCAUCCACCGCUUCACGACUCCAUCCAUCUUGUGUAUCCCGUUUUCAAGACUCGGUACUUUUCCUUGACAAGUUCGAUGCAGUCUUUAAAGAUAUCGACGAGCUGCCGCAAGGGGUUUUCUCCCGGACAUCGCUGAAUGCCUUUACAGCACUGCCGAGAUCGGUUCACCAAGCCGUUCGUCAACGUCUACAGGCAUUGAUACGUGAGGAUGAGUCGCUUCGAUCGCUACCAGCAGGGUCUGUGGAAAAGGUGGAUGUUGUUACGAUGCAUCUGCCGGUCGAAGUUGGAGAUUUCACGGACUUCAGUCUCAGUGCAGAUCACGUACAGAAUGCUUCGGAAGCCAUGACUGGGAAGCGCUCAGCUCCACCAUCCUUCUAUCACCAGCCUGUAGGUUACGCUGGGCGCUGUUCUUCUCUCGAUAUCAGCGGGACACCCGUUGAGCGGCCGAUUGGGCAGUAUUGGGAGGGCAAGCCUGGAGAAAGCAGAAUAGUGUUCGGACCGUGCAAGAAGAUGGAUUUUGAGCUUGAGCUAGGUGCCAUCAUCGGCAAGCCACUUCCACGGAGAGAACGGGUGACGGCGUCUCAAGCAGAUAAGCACAUCUUUGGCUACGUUCUGGUUAACGACUGGAGCGCUCGUGACAUUCAGGCACUCGAGAUGAACCCUCUCGGUCCGCUGAAUGGCAAGAAUGCUGGGACCACCGUCUCACCAUGGGUUGUUACACAAGACGCCGUUAAUAACUUUCGAGCAGCUUCGCCACCUCGACUGCAUGACGUCGCGCCAUAUCUGAGGGAUUCAGGCAACAACGCGCUCAGCAUCGAGCUUCAAGUCAUUGUUACUGCACCGGGUUCGGAAGCUUCGGAAGGUGCUGUCAGUUGCAAGAGCAAUGUCUCUUGGAUGUACUGGACUCUCGCUCAAUGCCUUGCACAUCAAGCGAUUGGCGGUUGCGGCUUGCGGACCGGAGAUUUGCUCGCUACUGGCACGGUAUCAGGGCAAGGAGACGGAGAACACGGCUGCCUGCUCGAGCAUAUGCGAGUAGGCCAAACGCCUCCCAGGGCCUAUUUGGAAGAUGGAGAGACUGUAACGCUCACCGGAUAUUGUGGAGAAGGCGUAGGCUUCGGAGAAUGCACAGCAGUGUUGUUGCCUGCGCGGCUGCUGAAUAACUAA